CUGUUAGUCAUGCAAUAAUUCUAAGUCUCUAAAAAUAAACAAAUAGGUAUCCUGUUUCUGAAUAUAAAAUAGCUAAUCCUACACAAUUAUACAAUUAAUUCUAAGUUCGUUCACCCUUCAACAAUGUUGAGAAUAAGAGUUUAAUGCAAAAGACAGCCAGUGAUAUGGAAAUGAUCAAUAAACCAGUGGCACCAACUAAACAAUUGACACAUUAAUAAACUCCAAAUGCAUCAGAAUACAAAAUAUAAUUCAAAGUAGGAGGAGGAAGAUAACCAUAAAAAGAGGAUUCCAAUCAAUUCAAUUCUUAAACUGCUCCUUUUAUUCCCAUGAGUCCUCAAUAAAGACAUGAGAAUGCUUAAAUAUUACAAUCUCCUCAAAAUCGUUAACCAUAUUUACUUUCACCUUAACAUCAGCUGUAAUCUCCUUAAAUUUAAUUCUAAUCUCCCAAUACUAGAGAUUAGAAAUAAUAGCAAUUCUUUUCAUAAGCCCCGUAAGUACCACUACAACAAUAACCUAAACAAAUUGCUCAUUCUUCUUCCUUUGUUUAACCUACUUUGUUUUAAUAAAAUUCAUAAAAAGUUGUCAAUUAUACCAAUACAUUUGCUCUGUAAGAAGAGCUUAAAUUUUUAUAAUAACAAAGUAUUAAGAUGACUUAAGAAAUUUAAAAAUUAGAAUCUGAAGCUUAGAGAGUUUAAUCAGUACAAUUAAUUAAAGAACUGGAAGAUAAAAUAAAAUUACUUAAUUAGAUGAAUAAAUAAUUGCAGCUUGAUAAUUCACAGUUAAUCAAAGUACCUGAUGUAUUGGCAUUAAGAGAUCUAAUUGUCAAAUAUUAAAAUGAUCGAAAAAUGGCCUAUAAUCAAUUAGCUGUUUUAAAGACUGAAAUCUAAAAUUAUAAAGUACGUUGCUAAGAAUUAGAAGGAAAGAUCUAGAAUGAUACCUCAUAAGAAUUGAACGAUUUGGUUUAGGAGUUAGAAAAUAAAGUCUAAAAUUUGAUUUUAGAAAAUGAUAGAAUAAAUUUAGAAUUAAAAAAUGGGAAUAAUCUUGCUAAUACUAUUCAGAAACAAAAGCACGAAAAUGAUAUUGUCAAGGAGAAAUUGAUUAAAAGCAGAAAGGAGGAAGAAAUCUUAAAAUAAUCAUGUUAAAAGGAAGAAUUCAAGUUGAAAUUAUAUGAAGAGUGUUUUGAUAAACUGAAAUUACUUCAAGAUGAAAAUAGAAGAUUAUCACAAAUUUUAAAUGAGUAAGAUUUGACAGAAAAUGAUUUAAUUAGUCUUUAAGAAAAGGUAUUAAAAUAAUAUAGAUUUAAUAGAUAUAAGUAAUAAGGUAAGAUAAUGAAAGAAUGAUGAGAUAACUAAAGAAUAAAUAAUAAUUAUGA